UGCGCAUCCGGGUCACACUAACGCCGCCGUUUCCUCCAGCCGCUUGGUUCUCCUGUGAGUCUGGACCAGUCCCCAUGUCCUGCUGUGGGGCCUCUGCAGCCUUUGGACUUUAAGACUGCUGAGAGACACUGCAAUCCAGUCACAUAAGCAUAAUAAAGAAAUAUUGGUCCUCAUGGAAGAAGAACAAGAUUUGCCAGAGCAACCAGUGAAAAAAGCCAAGAUGCAGGAAUCAGGAGAGCAAACUUUAAGUCAAGUAAGCAACCCUGAAGUCAAUGAUCAGAAACCUGAAACUUCAAGCCUUGCUUCAAACCUUACCAUGUCAGAGGAAAUUAUGACAUGCACCGAUUACAUCCCUCGCUCAUCCAAUGAUUAUACCUCACAAAUGUAUUCUGCGAAACCUUAUGCACAUAUCCUCUCAGUUCCUGUUUCGGAAACUGCUUAUCCUGGGCAGACUCAGUACCCAACACUGCAGCAGUCUCAACCCUAUGCUGUCUACCCUCAGGCAACCCAAACGUAUGGACUACCUCCUUUCGGUGCAUUGUGGCCAGGUAUGAAACCUGAAAGUGGUUUAAUUCAGACUCCAUCUCCAAGUCAACACAGUGUUCUUACCUGCACUACAGGGUUAACCACAAGCCAGCCAAGCCCAGCACAUUAUUCUUAUCCCAUUCAAGCUUCAAGCACAAAUACCAACCUGAUAUCCACUUCAUCUGCUAUUGCCAAUAUUCCAGCAGCAGCAGUUUCUACCAUCUCAAACCAGGACUAUCCCACCUAUACCAUCCUUGGUCAGAGUCAGUACCAGGCCUGCUACCCCAGCUCCAGCUUUGGAGUCACGGGCCAGACUAACAGUGAUGCUGAGAGUACCACCCUAGCAGCAGCCGCAUACCAGACAGAGAAGCCUGGUGUCAUGGUACCUGCGCCUGCAGCACAGAGACUUUCUUCUGGAGAUCCUUCUACAAGCCCAUCUUUGUCGCAGACUACACCAAGUAAAGAUACUGAUGACCAGUGUAGGAAAAACAUGACUGGCAAGAACCGGGGCAAGAGGAAAGCUGAUGCCAGCUCUUCCCAGGACAGUGAAUUAGAACGGGUAUUUCUGUGGGACUUAGAUGAAACCAUCAUCAUCUUCCAUUCGCUUCUUACUGGAUCCUAUGCCCAGAAGUAUGGAAAGGACCCAACAGUAGUGAUUGGCUCAGGUUUAACAAUGGAAGAAAUGAUUUUUGAAGUGGCUGAUACACAUCUAUUUUUCAAUGACUUAGAGGAGUGUGACCAGGUGCAUGUGGAAGAUGUGGCUUCUGAUGACAAUGGCCAAGACUUGAGCAACUACAGUUUCUCAACAGAUGGUUUCAGUGGCUCAGGAGGCAGUGGCAGCCAUGGUUCUUCCGUGGGUGUCCAGGGAGGUGUGGACUGGAUGAGGAAAUUGGCUUUCCGUUACCGAAAAGUGAGAGAAAUCUAUGAUAAGCAUAAAAGCAACGUGGGUGGUCUCCUCAGUCCACAGAGAAAGGAAGCACUGCAGAGACUAAGAGCAGAAAUUGAAGUUUUAACAGAUUCCUGGUUAGGAACUGCGUUAAAGUCCUUACUUCUCAUCCAGUCCAGAAAGAAUUGUGUGAAUGUGCUAAUCACUACAACCCAGCUGGUUCCAGCCCUGGCCAAGGUUCUUCUGUACGGACUAGGAGAAAUAUUUCCUAUUGAAAACAUCUACAGUGCUACCAAAAUUGGUAAGGAGAGCUGCUUCGAGAGAAUUGUGUCAAGGUUUGGAAAGAAAGUCACAUACGUAGUGAUUGGAGAUGGACGAGAUGAAGAAAUUGCAGCCAAACAGCACAACAUGCCGUUCUGGAGGAUCACAAACCAUGGAGACCUCGUGUCCCUCCACCAGGCUUUGGAGCUUGAUUUUCUCUAAGAACUGGAACGAAGAGCCUUCCCCCGAGCUCCUUUUCCCUCCUGAAGGGAGCUAGAGACUGGAACCAACUGGGAACUUUCUCUCUCUCCGUGGAAUGCUGGCGAGCACACAAUCAAAACCAACAGCUACAAGAGACGAAGCUUGUUUUUGCUAAGAGUGAGCUGCAGCGCCUUGUUCAUCCUCGUGCAGGAGCGGGAGACAGUUGGAUUGAGAGAACAAUAGACUCACCGCAGCUACAGUGCUUUUAAUUCUUCUGGGUUUUUUGUUUUGUGUUUUAUUUUGUUUCCAAAAAUGAAGAAAAAGAAAAGGAAAUUCUUGGGGCAGAGUUGCACUCUGUGUCCAUGACCAGGUUGAGAACUGCUGUUAACUUGUGGUGAUAGGAUAAAACGCAGCAGACUUUUAUAAUAACAUCUCUUGCAGUCUUUAUAACCUCCUUAGCUGUAGAACAUAUUCCCAGUGAAUGUAUAUGUUUUUUUAUAGGUAAGGGUCUGGUCUCUGAAGCAGAUUUCCUGCCCCUUUUCUUUUCUAGCAGGAAAGGGGUAUGUAAUGUUUCCUUGGAAAAUCAUAACUGAAAUAUCUGAGAUACCUCUCUGUGACAGUAGCACCUCCUCAGCUGCUCCAUUGGUCUGCUCUCUAGGUGGCUUCCUUGCCACUCUUCCAUCUCCUGGUUUGCUGGGGGCACGGGACACUGAUUAACUUUAGGCUUUGCUGUUUGCUGUAUCCUAGAAGCCUCAGUCCCUCUUCCCCUUUCACCAAAUGGCACAAUCCUAGAAACUCCUUCUUUGAGACAGUAAAUUAUAAGCCUUCAGCUUGACUCUUAGUCAGAGAUGAUGCCCCAGGAGGCUUACCUCCAAACUGGAGAGAAGGAACUAAAGCUUCUUAGGAAUUCCCACUUCUUUGGCUCUUGAAACAGGAAGAUUCCACCUUUUUUUCCCCCGCAGAGAAGCACCCCUCCCCAACAGAUGCGCCCCCUCCCCCCCAGCCUUCCCCAUUCUUUGUCGUCAUUGCUGGACCGCUGCCCCUUUCCUGCCAUCUGUACCUCACAUCCACUUCCAUGCCACUCUGGCCAGUUCCUGGGCUUCAGACCCAAGUAGUCAAAUCAAGUCUGAGAACAGAUUCAUAACCACAUUAUGGCCAAAACUGCUAAGGGAUUUGACUUCCUUUGAAUCCUUUAAGUCCUAUGAAGAUGUUCUGGGCGUAUAUUUACCCAGAUUUUGGCCUGAAACUGAAGAGCAGAUUGCUAUGAUCCAAACCAAGUUUUCCCAUGGAACACCCUUCCUGCUUCUCAAAUCCCAUUCUAAAAUGGGAAACCAGAAAGCCAAAAAGACUUCCCUGAUUUAAAUGGGGUUGUGGACUCUCUAUUCCAUGCCUGAAAACUUUAAUCUUGGGCCAAAUGCAAGAACAUCUCUCAGCCUGACCUCCAGGGAGAUUGGUGGGUACCCAGGCACUAGUCCCAUCCUUCUAGCCCAGUUGUGUGUGCAGAUGCCCCGUCCCUCCAAGACCAAGCUGGGCGUCUGCUCGGCGAAAUAAACUUCCCUAGAGCUGAGGAAGUUCAGCCUCUCCCAGGUUGCACAGAGAGAUGGUUAUAUAAGCACCUCGGAGAGAAGCAGUCUGGGUCCUUGGUGGUGGCAUUCUUGACCAACCCAUACUGUUAACUGCUUGUGCUCAGAGAUUCUGCAUAGCCACUUCCAGAGAUGAUGUAGCACAAAGGGGCCAGACUCCUUCCAAUGCCAGAUCACCCAGAGAAAGGCUUGUAUCUACAUUCCUUCAGAACUGACUGAGAAAGGGCUUCAUGACUCAGUUUUAGGGAAGAGGUUUUUGGAGAGGAGCUGAAGUCAGUGCUCAUUACUUAGCUGGCUCUUGGCCUGUUUCCUUUGGACGGGGGAUACAUAGUCUGAGGUGAACCUUCUUGGUCUGGGUUCACCAUAGUUGCCCAGACACCUUGCUUCAUAAUUGAUCUUAGAAAGCUCUGGGGUGGGUCUUUACUUCCAGGCCCCAAGCCCUCCCCAUACUGGCAGUUUAGCUGUGGGUUUCUUACCUGGACAUAGGCCAUCCUAUUUGUGCUGUGCAUCAGGUUUGUGUGGAUGCAAAGCGGUACCCGCAUCAUGCGCACAGGUACACACACACACACACACACACACACACACACUUUUCCUCUCCCUGCCCUUUGGGAGAAGCUCUUUAUUCCUAGAAUAUGACUUAGACUCCUUUUUCAAGGGCCUUUUCCUUCCUUCUCUGACUGCACAGCUUAGAUCUUUGCAAAAGGAACUUGAAAUUGGCUAGGAGGGGAGGAAGCUCUGAGCAGUGCCACCUUUGCUCUUUUCUGGUUGUUUAGAGGGCAGACAGAAAAUGAGAACUCCCUGGCUCCUCUUUGCCAAAAUGAACUGUCCAGGGAACAGUGCUGUUCUUUGACCCUGUGUUUUCUUCCUCCCCAGCCCAGAGAUCUGGAGAGGAAGAGAAGUGGGCAGGACCAAGAGCUCUUGGAGGCUGAGCUCCACAGGAUACUGUGGGUCUUUUUGUCAAGGGGGAAGGCCUCUUUACCAGAAAGAGGACCCAUGAAAUAAGCCACAUGGUGAGUCCCUCUCCUCGCUGGCCACUGUGAGUUCUGUAAGAUGGGUCUACACAUUUCAUGGUUAGGACUGAUCAUCUCUACUAGCGGGUGUGGAGUGUCAGGUGAGUCCUGGGUUUUAGAGGAGGCUUUACUUUCGAAUGUAAAACUGACUGUGCCUUAGCAUCACCCUGUCUGGUGCCCCUGGGGCAGCUGGUGGUGUCCAGGAGAAUGGAUGCCUGCUCCAGACUUAAAUGCCUCUUUGGGCUUUUAUUUGGUUUGGGGGGGUUCCUGUCUUCUGCUCUGCAAGUUGCGGGGGGCUAAGCUAGUGUCCCAGGAGACUUGUGCCACAGCUCGUUCGCAGUUCACACAACCUUGUUCACAUUAAAGCUCCAAGCAGAAUCUCACUGGCAGGCUCCACCUGUAGCAUAUGGAGCUCCUAGAUGUUCAGUACCUUGCAUGGGUGUCAGUGUCACUGAACCAUGGGGGAGAGGAGUAGAGGGGCGGAGCCUUGUUCUCCCUCUUGCUGGGAGAGUGACGGUCCAAGCUGCGGGUGGUGAGCUCGGGACUGUCUCUCCUCAAUCCUGCAGAAGGGGCCAGUUAGGACCCCUCCUGGGCAGGCUUCUGUUUGUUGCCACUAAACUGGUUUCCUUUUUCAUCCCAAAGUUAGAACUCCCCAGGUAUACUGUAGAAGCCAAAUCUGAAUUCUGACGUUUUAAAACAUCUUAAACCAUGAGAGAAGAUCUAGUUCUGUCCCACCUCCAAUCAGCAGGCCCUCUGUCCCUUCCUCUCCUCUGAGUCAGACAGCCCUCCUUGGCUAGUUCCCAAUGCACUGAUGGAAGCCAUCCCGUUAUGGAUGACUUCCACUCAAAACACAACGCUCUGGACUUCAGAUGCCUCACUUAGCAGGAAAAGGCAUUGAUUGGAUAUAUUUAUGUGACUGCGGGCAUUUGUGGCUGUAGAGUCCUUGACCAUGUUAUAUGUAAUGGGAACUAUCUUAUAAACUUGAAAAAAUAAAGUUUUUAUUUUCUA